AUGUCUUUUUUGUUUGAAUUAAUUGAAGAUGUUCUUGAUCUUCAACCUAUCAUCAAACUUCAGUACAUGCAUACAGUGUGGGAAGAAAGAGUCAAUGCAGGAGAAGACAUUUAUGUUCCACCUGGCUCAAAUGUCAACCUGACGUACCAAAUAGAAAAAAAAAAAAAACCCUUCUUGGUGCAGAUGCAAUGGUCCAAGGUCACCAAUAAGGUGGACCUGAUUGUCCUUUAUCACCUCUUUGACUGUGCCAAUGAGAGUCCAUGUGGGUCACUGGUGACAUUCAAAGAAACUCAUGGUAGUGUUAAAAUGACUUUGCACUUAAGAAAUGUGACUUCCUGACUCAGUGGAAUGUAUGAGUGUAGCUUUACUCUGUAUCUGGAGGGCACUAAAAUCUACAACCUUCUCAUUCAGACAAAUGUUACACAGGAUGAGUGGAGAAGCAGUCAUACAAUAGAAAUAGAGGUAAAUUGGACUCUGGAAAUACCAUGCUUUCAAAACAUCUCCUCAGAAGUUUCACCUGCAUUCACCUUUACAUGGUUGGUGGUAAGGGAUAAUGGAACUCAGGAAACACUUAUUACCCAAGACCACACGAUCAGCAAUUCCACAUUAUUUAAAAACAGAAGGACACCCUGCCUUAUAUAUAUUCAGCUAAAAGUGAAAAAAAAAUUGUUUCUUCCCAACUGUUUGUCUCAUGAAAAUAUUGGUGUAGAUGUAAAGGGUAAAUUUCUUCUGAAUUUACAAAUAAACCUCCCUAUUUUCUCUUUGCACCAGAUAACUAUUACCUGUUCACUGAUGAAUGUAUUUACCACAGCAAAUCUCAUAUGGUUUCUAGAUGGAGAAUUUCUUCAAGGUGAAAAAGAAGAUAAGGAAAUUACAAUUACUAAUGAAGAGAGAAAGGGCAAAGGCAGAUUUUUAACUGAAUCUGUUUUGACAAGGGUACACAUUAAUGAAUCAGCCCAAUCAAACAACCUACCCAUCUGGUAUAUAGCUCUGUCUCCAGUCUCUGGGAAUAAGAUGUGGAGUAUCUCAUCUGGAAAGGUCUCUUUUUCCUUGGGUUCUGUGAAUCCUCCAAGAGAUCCUCCACUCAAUGUUAUGGAAUCUACUCUUAACACUAAAUAUUCUCCAGCCAACAGCAUAUCUCCUACGACUGUGUUUGCACACUAUUUUCUUUGCAUGAGUUAUUAUUCUUUUAUCCAAGCAGUUUUAUAA